AUGGAAGAACAAAAGGAGCCUGAUUUAUUAGUUAUCUAAGAGAAUUUAUAGAAAAUAAGGAAAUAAUUAGAAAGUGUAUAUAGGAAUAUUGCAAAAUCAUUUCAAGAUAGAAUAGCCAUUAUAAAUACUUGA